AUGGAAGCUUUACUCUGUAGAAAUCUGGGCGACCCGACAGCACCGCCGGACGGCGCGUCGGAGUCGGCCUUGACAGUUUCCACGACUCACCCGAUCCCCCAACUCAAGACGCCGACGGCGGUCCGAAUCAGAGUCAGAGCGACCAGCUUGAACUUCGCGAAUUACCUCCAGAUCCUCGGCAAGUACCAAGAGAAGCCGACGCUACCCUUCAUCCCUGGAUCCGAUUACUCCGGCACCGUCGACUCCGUGGGCCCUGGAGUUACCAGAUUCAAGGUUGGGGAUCCGGUUUGCUCCUUCGCCGCCACUGGAUCAUUCGCCCAAUUUAUGGUCGCUGAUGAAUCCGAGCUGUUUCUAGUGCCUGAAGGAUGCGACCUGGUUGCAGCUGGUGGACUUCCAGUUGCAUACGGCACGUCACAUGUCGGUCUUGUUCAUAGAGCAAAACUGCAGGCUGGUCAGGUGUUGCUGGUUCUUGGUGCAGCUGGUGGAGUUGGAGUUUCUGCUGUUCAAAUUGGCAAGGUCUGUGGUGCCGUUGUUAUUGCUGUUGCUAGGGGAGUUGAGAAGGUGCAAUUUCUGAAGUCGUUGGGUGUGGAUCACAUUGUGGAUGUGAGCAAUGAGAACAUCACUGAAAGUGUUAACGGGUUUCUGAAAUCCAAAAGGUUGAAAGGAGUUGACGUUUUGUAUGAUCCAGUUGGUGGCAAGCUUACGAAAGAGGCGCUCAAGUUGUUGAAUUGGGGAGCACAAAUCUUGGUUAUAGGGUUUGCAAGUGGAGAAAUGCCUGUAAUCCCACCUAAUAUUGCUCUAGUUAAGAACUGGACAGUUCAUGGACUAUACUGGGGAAGUUACAAAAUACAUCAGCCGCAUGUUCUAAGAAAUUCACUGAAGGAACUGCUAUCUUGGUUGGCGAGUGGCUUAAUCACCGUCAAGGUUUCCCAUACUUUUAAUCUAUAUGAGUCGAAUCUUGCUUUUAUGGCGCUCAAGGAUCGAAAAGCAAUCGGAAAGGUUUUGAUUGUCUUCAAUGAUAUAAGAACAAAGCUUUAA